UAAACCGCCCCCGAACUUUUCUGGCUCUCGCAAACUGAUAACAUUGGCUCUUGUUAUGCUACUUAAAUCGCUCGUAGCGAGUGCCUGCACUCUAGUAGGAGCUGCCACAGCCUUCAAACUCGCUCCCGUGGAGGUCAAGGCCCGAGCAGCGGCUCUGCUGCACAGCACCGCGAGGAAAACAAAAGUUUUGGAGCAAGCCAACAUGAGGGUGGAACUUCUGCCGGCUCUCAGCGACAACUACAUGUACCUGCUCAUCGACACAGACACCAAAGAAGCAGCAAUAGUGGACCCCGUGGAGCCCGUGAAGGUUGUGGAAGCAGUCAGAAAACAUGGAGUCAAGCUCACAACAGUUCUGACCACCCACCACCACUGGGAUCACGCCGGCGGGAACGAGAAGAUGGUGAAGCUCAUGCCCGGCCUGAAGGUCUACGGAGGAGACGAUCGCGUCGAUGCCGUCACAAAGAAAGUCUCUCACUCCAACAGUUUCAAAGUCGGCUCGCUAAACGUCAAAUGUCUGUUCACGCCGUGCCACACAACUGGCCACAUCUGCUACUACGUGACCAAAGACGACAGCUCUGAGCCUCCGGCGGUUUUUACAGGGGACACACUGUUUGUUGCCGGCUGCGGGAAAUUCUUUGAGGGCACCGCGGAGCAGAUGUACAAAGCCUUGAUCGAAAUUCUGGGACGCCUUCCUGCUGAAACGCGAGUCUACUGUGGUCAUGAGUACACGGUGAGCAAUCUGAAGUUUGCACGCCACGUUGAGCCAGACAAUGAAGUCAUUCAGAAAAAGCUGGCAUGGGCAAAGGAGCAAUGCAGCAAUGGCGACCCAACAAUCCCAUCCACGUUGGCAGCUGAAUUCACCUUUAACCCAUUUAUGAGAGUCAAAGAGAAGACCGUGCAAGAUCACGUUAAGCAGACUGAUCCGAUCGAAGCCAUGAGGAGUCUCCGGAAAGAGAAGGACGCCUUCCGAGUGCCGAAGGAGUGACGAUGUACCGGUGUACUUGGAAGCGCUUCUAACACUGCACUGCAUCCGCACUACAAAAACAGUUUGCAAGUCACGUGAAACAACAGGAUCGACUACGUUCGUUCUUCUUCAAUAUUUUGAGGCCCACUUAGGCUAGAAAGGAGCAGUCAAGUUGUGUUUAUGGGAUUGUUUUCAGGAAUAUAUGGCCAAAUAAUGACUAAUGGGUUGGGCUAACUUUUAAUGAGAACAAUAGUUUUAGAGUCUGCUAAGGUGUGUUUUGUAAACAUGGAUGUUCAAGAACAAAUUCUGUUGAAACCAUGUUUUAUUUCCUAGCUGGGAUGUUUCCGCUUAUCAUUUAAUUCAAUCAUGGAUGGGAAAUUGUUCGCCUCUGAACAAUGCAUUCUUUACUCAUUAAGUGUGUCGACAGUAAAUGUUCGAUGCGCUGAACACUAGUUUUUGCACGAGAACAUAAAAUAUGCAUGCAAAAUACAAAUGGUACAUAUUGUAAAUUUGUAAUUAUUUCCCAAAGCAGUUACACCAAACCUUGCUAAUUUUGAAAUGAGCAUUUCGCUUAAUGUUCAUCUUAAUGCUGCUGAUUGUGUAUACUAAAUCUUUAUCUGCGAAGCUAAUUUAUAUUUACGUGUAAAUUGAGGAGGAGAUAGCGUUGAAUUUGUGGAACGCGCUGACGCCGCGUUAUCGAUGUUUCUGGCUCGAUGAAAACGUCUUGAUACUUGCUGCGACGUCGUAAUGUCUGUGGUCUCGCGAUAACUUGAACUGAGCGGAAAUGUAGUUUCCCACUGCUUCACAGCGGG